UUCUUAUUUUUCCAUGAACAUUAGCUUUCUUUCUUCCUCCUCUCGAUUCAUCUCUUAUCAACCAGCCCUAAAAGAUUGACCUUGAAGAGGUCAAUUUUUCUGGGAUAUCUUUUAACCAUGAGUCUUAAUUGUCUUGCUUGCCAAAACAUGCAACGAAAUAAUUCCGGUACAGAGUAUGAUCGAGAAACAACUAGUGAAAAACUAUGUUGUUUACCGGUGGAAAGAAGCUGGUCAGGAAACUUGGGCUCACCAACUUAUGAGAAAAUUGGCAAAAGUUCUAUGCCAAUUGCAAAGAAGAUAAAGAAGGAACAUCGUCGUUUAAAUAGUACAGGAAUAUUAGGAUUCAAGGGAAUUGAUGAACCAAAAUUAGUGAGGAGCUCUGGAAUGAGAAGAGAUUGGAGCUUUGAAGAUUUGAAGGAGAGGGAUGAGGAGAGAAAGGAAAGGAGAAGAUAAUAAGAUAUGGUAAGGUUGCAUGUGCCAUGCAUGAAACAAUAGUCCUUUAUCUUUUUUUUUUUUUUUUUUUUUUUUUCA